UUUGAACAUUACCACAAUGUCAAAGAGCAAGCAGCCGAACGCGCAGUCGGUUCCACUCAACAUUGUCGACCGACCGCUGAGCCGCGGCAAGAACGAGGUCUCGAUCAGUGCGUUUGCAUUCUUGUUCUCGGAGAUCAUUCAGUACUGCCAAGGUCGCGUCGAGUCAAACACCGGCCUCGAGCGAAAAUUGUCAGAAAUCGGUCGACGUGUCGGCAUUCGCAUGUUUGAGUUGCUCAAUGGACGCGAGAAGGGCGCAAAACGAGAAACAAGGCUCAUCAACAUUCUCCACUUUAUCAACUCGGUCGUUUGGAAGACGCUGUUUGGCAAACCCGCCGACUUGCUUGAAAAGGCCCAGUCCGAGAAUGACGAUACAUAUAUGAUCUCGGAUAAAGAUCUGCUGGUCAAUCGGUUCAUUUCGGUACCGAAGGACUACGGACUCAACUGUGCGGCGUUUGUCGCUGGUGUCGUGGAAGCCAUUCUUGAAGGCGCCAUGUUUCCCGCACGCGUUUCCGCCCAUACAACAGAGAAUGGUACAACCAUCCUCAUCGAGUUUGAGCCAGCUGUCAUUGCACGCGAGAGGCAAUUGGAAGGCCGAUAGUGCUCCCCAGAUUGCUCACUGAAAGUCGCUCGUUGCAUUUUGUACCGAGAAUUGCUGUCAACAGAUUGUCAAAUGAAAAUAGAUCAAGAAUUAUCACAAUGGAGA